UUGUGUUGUUGUUUUUGCUUGCGUGCGGUUGAUCCGCGGACAGUUUUUCCGUAGACUCGCAGAGGAAAUGCAAACUGAGGCGAGGUAAAAGGAAAACCGACCACCGAAAGUGCGAAGAACGAAAAUUGCAACGACAGCAAUUAGCAAGUGAAUAAGUACUUUUUUCCGGAACAAUAAUAAUAGCAACAACAACAACAACUGCUGCUGCAGCCACAACAAAAAUUUAACUCAAUUAAAGGUAAAAUAGCAACGCGGGGGAAAAUGCAAUUGAAAUGCCGAGGGCAUUUAUGAAGUGUGCUGAUGUGUUCGCGUGGAAAUGGAGCGAUUUGUGAUUGCAGCGCUUUUCUCGUCUAGUGUUAUCCGCUGCCAGAAAAGUGUGCGCAGGAAAAUCGGUGACGAUUCGUGAAAAGGGGCAGAGAAUAUUCGGUGAAAAUUCAAUACAAAAAACGCGGAAAACGAAAACACAGGAAAAAUUCAAAGAGCGAGAAAGCGGGAGACAGUGCGCGAGCGAGAGGGAAAUAGAAAAUAAAUAUUUUCGCUGCCUGCGUGUGGGUGUGCGUCAGUGUCUGCGUAGAAAGUGUGCAAAAGUAGAAGAUCAAAGCGAAACGACGAAAAACAACAUCAACAACAGCAACAACAACACACACACAGCUGACUUCCUCUCUUUCCUUCCUGCAUUACACUGUCCAACAAACAAUAGUUAUUAGCGCAAACUAUGCGAAAUCCAGCAACUACAACAACGACUACUUCCAAUCGCCGGCUUUUAAACUAGUCAAAAAAUUCUAAAACAAAAUCAAUAAAACAAAACACACAUAUCCGCUAAACGACAAAACCAAAAAAACAAAACAUAAAUUCCAAGGAACAAACAAAACGAAUUCAACAAAAUAGAACCAAAUCCCAAGUAAACACAGAUACAUAGCUCACCAUGGAUUGGAUCAUCAACGAUGAGAUGGGCCUGACCGUUGGUCACGUGGUGGGUUGGGCCGCCGCCUCCGCGAUGGUGAUUGGGGGCGUGAUCCCCUACGUUCCCCAGUACAUCGAGAUCAAGAAGACGCAGGACGCGGAGGGAUUCUCCCUCUACGUGUGCCUCGCCCUGCUGGUGGCCAAUUCGCUGAGGAUACUCUUCUGGUUCUCCAGCCGCUAUGAGCUUCCACUGCUGGUGCAGAGUGUCGUGAUGAACGUGACCAUGUUCCUGAUGAUCCAUCUGUGCGUGAAGGUGAAGCGGGUGAAUGCCAAUAACCGCGAGCACGCCCUGCGAGGCGAUGAACUGCAUUUGCCCAAAGUGAUGACGGACACGGAUACGGGCGCCUCUGUGUCCACCGAAGCGGGCGGUAGCGUCCUGAAGCGAGUUCGCUCCCGGCACUAUCUCAAUGACCUGGACUUCAAAUACUUUUGGAACUGGACCGACUUCCAAUCGUAUCUGGACUUUAUGCUAGUCGUGUGGGCCGUUGGUGCCGCCAUUACAUAUCUGAUGUUGUCCGUACUUUGGUUUAUGGAAUCCAUGGGCUUCGUUGCCGUCUUUACUGAAGCCAUGUUGGGGGCGCCACAAUUUCUGCGCAACUUUAAGAAUAAAUCAACAUAUGGUAUGAGCAUACACAUGGUGAUCAUGUGGACGCUCGGUGAUAUGUUCAAGACUGGUUACUUUAUUGUUAGGAAAGCCCCAUCGCAAUUCUGGAUCUGUGGCACGCUGCAGGUCAGCUUGGACAUAGCGAUCCUGUCACAGGUGUGGUUCUACCGUAAGAAUUCCAAGCCGCGCGACCUGCGCCGCGGCGAUUAGCAGUUUGCCCCCGAAGAACAGCCACAGCACAUCCAUCACCACGACUUACAUACAUCCCAUUCCGAGGAGCAUCAGCUAUCGCUGCCCGUCACAGUGAGCAGCAGUGGAGACGAUCAUCUGCUGACGGCACGAGCGGAUGACGAGCACUUUAAGGUGCUGGACUUUGGUCAGUGCCACGAUAACCGUGCGUUUCAAUAUCACAAUAAUAACAAGAUGUUGCCCAGACCAGGAGGCAGUGGCAAGAGUAAGGAUGAUAGCAGCAUGGCAGCUGCCUUGGAGGUCGUCAUUGUCCAUUCCCCGGCUUCCACAGAGCAGAGACUGAUUGGCGCUCAGGAGGCAAGUGGCUGCUGCCGCAGGAAGCGCAAUAAUGCCACCCAAACUAGAUUAGAGGGUGGCAGUUGCUGCUGUGUGAUCACCACCCAUCAUCACCACUGCCACUGCAAUCACCAUAGGCAUCAUCACCACCACCACCAUCAUUGUCACUACAGUAGCACAAAGAGACGAGCUCUGCUGCACCAGAAAAGGAGUCAUCGCCAUCAGAAGCAUCUGCAAACUAAGCAGACGAACCAUAAACAAAUGCUUCCAUCUAACAACAACAAGUCUUCCUUGGACUCUAGUGAUGAGGCAAUGCAUCAUCAGGCCAUUGCCAUUGAAAUCGAUGCAGCAACGAUGAGCGAGGACGGCGACGAAAACAACAGCAGCACGGCCACUUCGAAUUUUCCGUAUAAGGUGGCCAGUGAGGGUGUAAAACCCAUUAUAAUGGCUCCUCUUCGAGAACAUCAUCGUCACAGGAGGGGUUCGUUGAAUUCCAAUACCACAAUUGAAACCGAUGAACUGUCGCACGAUGAAGACGAUGACGAUGUGCGGAUGGGCUCCCACCAUUUACCAGAAGAUGAGACCCAACUAACUCAUCCAGCGGUUGCGAAUAGUUCCAGUAGCUCCACAAAGAGAGGAAAUCCCGCCUCGGCUCCAGCGCGAAAUGAGUGUGUGCGGAUCAAGAGAAAAAGGUUUAUAGCUGAGGCUGGACAGGAUUACUGCAGCAGCUGCUCAAGUUCCUGCUCCUGCAGCAGUUUGGAUGAGGAUCUAGACGCGCAUCAUGAAAUGACUGUGGCAGCGGAGUGUCACCAAUGCAUUCCCGGUUCUCGGAGAGCCAGCUUCUGCUCUUGCCAGAAUUCUAGCUGCUGUUGUGGCUCGUGUUCCCAGGAAGAUGGGGAGGAGGAAGCGGAUGACGAGGACGACGAGACCACGGGACAACGGGAAAGUUUCUGUACAGCUGCAGACCACACCAUUACUCCUUCGCAAGAGGGUGAGGAUAUGCAUAGCAGUACACUGACACCCCUUAGCACCCACAGGUCGUCGUUUAUGGACCAGGAUCAUGGAGAUCACACCAUGAGGAGUGAUAUCGGUGGAGGCAACAUAACUGAUGCGGACGCCUCUUCAUUGAGCCAAUCAGCAGAGUACUUUUCACUGUCAUCCGCCGCUGGAGGCGUUACUUCUUUACCCACCAAAGAAGGAGACAAACUGGAUAAGCUGGAGAGAGAGGAGACGAAGGAGACGAAGGAAUUAAAAGAAAAAGAAGUGGAGCCACCGUCCUGCAAGCACUGGCAUCGCAAUCCCCAUGGCAAGCAUAAACGCGGAUCUUCUCCUGUGGAUAACUCCUUAUGACGAAGUGUCUCGCUGGUCGCCUGGCCAGCAAUCGACGUAAAUGCCUUGCUGCAGCAGACCAUAAGGAAGUCAGCCGUGCUGCAGGAGACGCCAGUGCGCAGGAAAACCACUGCCAAAAGGGGUUCGGGAACCACGGGAAGUAAUGAUUCCUCCACGGCCACACUAACAGCCAGUGUUGUGACGGUAGCCAAAUUUCCAGGAACUGGACUAUUCAGCACUGUCACCAGUUUGAAUGGAUGUGGAACCACCUAUAGCUACACCACCACCACGGCUGCGCCCGUGAAUCCUGCAGCUUCCGGCAAGAAGAACACCAAGUACACGCCGGUACCAAACUCGGAGGCCUACCAGCGCGAUCCACUGCAGCAGAGCUCGACGGAGAUCAUCUUAUAACUCAUGCAAACAUACCUCUGCACCUUUCACUAUUAUACAGUGCGUAACCGUAUAAGAGUCAAGGUUAAACUUCAUUAGUAAAAAGGGAUAAUAUAUAAUUCAUAAUACAUAUAACAUAACACCAAUACUCGUGGAAAUCUAAGGAGUGGUAUAACGAAAACCAAAAUUCAUAAAGCUGUUCAAUUUGUUGUUAUUCGGGGGUAACAAAAACCAAGAUGAGGAUGUAGAAAAGGCAGACCUAGUUUAUACACAUUAGAACAUAAAACCAAUGUACAUUACUUCUUAUGUGAGAUGCAGCUACAAAGAUUAGCUUACAAUGUAAACUAGUUUUAAACAUUUAGUUUCGGACUAUGUGAAUUUAAAGAAAAGGGUUUCAGCUGGGGAAGGGACCAAGCCAGAGUUGACACAGCCUUCAAGUUUUCCAGAAUCCACGCAGAGACAUAUCCACAUUGUGCAAAUUUCUCGCUAAGAAAACUUCCCUCAGCUAGGGCCUACAACCUUGUUUAGAUUUAACUUUAUAAAUCGUCAUUGUUUUUCGUACGUCGUUAGUCGCAUUAUUUUUGUAGUCCUGUAAGUUCAAUUUGUAUUUAAAUCAACAAAAUCAAACUUUAAUCUCGAUAUUAUUCUUUAAAGAAUUUUUAAUUUUAUAAUUUCCUAGCAGAAUUUAUUAGCUAAGAUCUAUACAAAAUUAUACGAAAAUAAACGAAACCCAAGCAAAUUUAUUA